AGCAAUGAGGGCAACAUAGAAUGUAGUUUACAGUUUGAGUUUACCUUAUUUGAAUUUAUUUGAGGUUGAGGCCGGUGGCCGAUGUUCUGUUUUGUGUGGGUAUUAUUUGGAACCUUGACAAAUUAAAUAGUUUUAUAUUAUUUCACCUAUUUGCUGUGAGCUGUGACUGAUCUGCGAUCCUUGUAUUUUACCCGGCAUAAAACUUUGCGAAAGGCAUCCAUUUAAAUUAUUAUUAUUUUACAGAGUAGUUUGUACAAUAUACUAACAAAAAAUGAAUGACAAUUGUUCUGGUGUCUCUGAUUAUUCAGAAGCUGGUGUAUCUAUUGAUAAUGAAGAAGAUGAAAGGUAUCGACCUCAUCUCAUAUCGCCAUCUACAUAUAUGAUACUUGUGGAACAAAUACUAACUCUAAUGCCUAGUCAAAGACAUGUCAUUCUGAUCAUGAAUGAGUACCCUAUGAACGAAAUCAAUCCAGAACAUCCGAAUACUCCUGAGUCACCUACUGACGUGAUUAUUUUUUGUAUAAGAUUCAUCGCAGAAAAUAUAUUUCAACCUAUCGGAGGUUUGCUUGUUUACAAGCAUUUGGACCAGAGUGCCAUUUUGGCAGAGUGUGUGAAAGCUUACAUAACUGACUUAUGGAAGUUAGGACUAUUCGUGGUGGCAACUGUUUCACCAGCGUUUAAAGUUUUUAAAGCUAUAAUGAGCUGCAUUGCUGACAUAGAAGACUUGGACACACAUUCAUCUAUUAUAUCUUAUUCUGUUCAUCCUCUCAAAGAAAUAAUUCACAUUUAUGACAUUCAGUUCCUGCUCAUCAAGCUACAGACUCUAUUCAAAGAAGGUGAUGUGAGGUUUGAAGAUGAAAAUGUAAAUGGAAAGGAAAUAUUCCAGGCCUCAUGGAAAGAUAUGACGAAGGUUUUUAGUAUGUAUCCGGAAUAUAAAAUGUUGGCGGAGUUUUUGGCAAAUGAUGAGCCUGUUUCCCGGAGAGUUCAUAUUUUCACACAACAAAUAUAUGAUCAUUUCUUAGACGCAGAGAGACAAGAUGUUCUUUCUUCUAAUGCAAAAGGAAGUGCUGUCCUACUGAACUGUGUACGAUCCUUCUUAAAAUUCACUGAACAAGAUUGCGUGAAAUUGAACCAAGUACAAAGACUAGAAGAAUGGAGUUGUUUGAUAGAUAUUCUGAGGGACAUGACUUUCCAGAAAUCUAGAUUUAGGACUUGUACUAAAGAUAAAACCACUGCGAUACCUCAUCCGUUGAAUUCUUCUGUAAGAAAAAAAAUUGAUUUUACAAGUUGUGAAAAUGAAAUUGAAGUAAAGAAGAAUGAUGAAGAUAUACCGAAUAUUCCAAGUACAAGUUCUGGCAAAUCUAAAUCAAAGAAGAAAAAAAAGAAACGAGAGAAUAAAACGGAACCUAAAAGCACAGUCCCAGAAGAAAAAAAAGAUAAAAUCCAGGCUCUUAAACAAAUUCAGGAACUUUGUGAAAUGUUGCAAGGUACCAAGUCUGUUGAAAUUGUGGAUUGCUCAGAUGAGAAUGAAACUACAUAUGAAGUUUCCAAAGAACUAGAAGCAGAUCAAAACGAUAUAAAUGAGACUGAAAUAGAUGUAGCGAUUAAUGAACCUGGAAAUGAUAAAAACUGUGAUAUAGAUAAAAAUAAUAAUAGUGAUGAAAGCAUACAUGAAAACCAGAACAAAUCUAUUCCGGGAAUUGAAUCCAAUAAGGGAAUAAGGGUUAGGAAAGAUUUGAAAGAAGAAAAUAGUUUAGAUUCCAAAAACCAUCAAAACUUUUUUCGGAAGUCUAAUGAAAAUUCCAUGAAAUUGAGUGAUAAUGAGAAUUUGAGUGACAUUAACUUUGUUUCCGAAUUUGUAGAUAGUGAAGAGCCUUUCCCUGAUAAAACUUUUGUAAAAAAAUCUCCCGAAAACAAGUUUUACUUAAAAAGCGACGACGAGACUGAAAUGAGUAUUGAUAAAAACUGUGAUAAUAUUAAUAAUGUACUAGGAUUAACGAAUAAUGUAGAAAAUAAGGAAAAACCUCCUGAUUCCCAAGGUGUUGACUUUGAAGUAAACCCAGUAACUAACGAAAUGCUGUCUACCAUUUUUGGUACAAAAAAAUUAUUAAGAAUCUUGCAAAAUAAAAGGGUCAAGGCAGUCAAACCGGAUGCUUUCAUAGUCGAACCCAUUGAUUCCCUAGUUAAAAUGAUCCAGAAGAAAAAUAAGUUAAUCCCUCCUAAUUAUUAUGGCCAUACUUACGAAUUUUUCAAUACAACAUUGGCAUUUUCUACACUGGGUAAUAAUAGUGGGUUGCUCUUGGUUUCUAAGGAUUGAUUCAUAAAUAAUAUACAUUUUGUGAUUUGUAAAAGUUUGUGAAGAAAAAUCUGGUAACCUUCGAACAAAUUGAAGAAAAAUUUUUGUCUGUUUAUUGUUCUAUGUUUCAAAAUUGACUCAAGAUUAUAGAAAUCUGUAACUUACGCAAGAUUUCAUCAUAUAUUGGACUUUGUUACUUAUGAAACUGUGUUUUUAAUGCCAUUUAAGCAUGGUGAUUGAUUUAUAACAUGAACGAUAAGAGCAGGGGGCAAUCAACCUGGAAAACUUGGAAUGUGUAUUGAAAGUUUGAAACCGAGAGUUUUGUAUUAUCAGAUUGUUCACCUUAUUCUGUUUCUCAACAUUUCACCCAACAAGUUGGCAUCUUUAGGAGUACAUUCUCCUUUUUUUAUCUGCUUGAGAUUGUAUCCCUGAGGUUGACGCAUAAUUGUUUCCAGCUAGACAGAACAUUGCUGAUAAAACUUUAAUAAUCCAUAUAAGAAACUAUUGCAGCUCCAUUCAACCUUUUGAGUUUUCACUGUUCUAUUGAAUUUUUUUAUUUUAAUAGAAUCAAUCCCUUCUCUAGUACCCGGAAUGUUAAACUGCUGUAGUUUCUUGAAUCUGAGUGUCUUUGAAUUUGAUAAAACGAGCCUUACUCUUCUGCACAUGUUUAGCCUCUGCUGAGUCCUCUGUAUGUUCUAGUAGGCAAUUUGUUUUAUGCUCCACAUUGACGUAACUUGUAACAAACAUGUAUAUUACAUUGGCAUGUAAUGUGUCUGUUACAUUCAUAUUCUAUAUAUUGAUACAUUUAUUCACAACAUAAUUUUCGAAUAAUCAUUUGAAAGUGAGAGUUGCAAAAUAUUUUGGAAUACAAAUGAAAACACAAACAAAUUAAUAUUUUAUGAGUAUAGUAGAAAAUACAAAUUUGUUAUAACAACAGAAUAAAGAUCAGCUGAAAACAACAAAAGAAUUAAUUGAGACAUGUUUUUUUCGUAAAA